CUUUUCCCCUCAGUCUGUGAGGAUGGAGCUGCAAAUCUAAACAGGGCAAUUGGAGCCUGCAGAGUUCCUACUGAGCCCCUCACCAAAACUCACUGAUCUCUCCGGCCCCUGCAGAUCAGACCAUCCCGUCAGCACACUAUGAAACUCUGGUUUGUGCUUUGCCUGGCACUGCUCUGGGUGGAGCUCCAAAAUGGCGACUGCCAACAAGUCAAGCGGAGAAAAGAUGUAGGAGAGAACCGCAUCCGUCCAGGGGGGAAGCGGAUGAAGAUGCGACACCCCAAAUUAAAAGAUGGAGGAGGGAAAGGUCAGUCCCUGUUGACCCAGGUUUUAGAUAAGGGACACUUCUUGCGCCUGGGCCAGAGCACAAACCUGACUCCUGGGAAGAACAUCGAGCUGCGUUGCAAAGGCAAUUCUAUCGGCUGGUCAUACCCGACUUACCUGGACACCUUCAAUGACUCACGCCUCAGCAUCAAGCAGAGUGACAAGUACAGUCAGCUGAUCUUGACGUUGCCCUCUGCUGCUGACACGGGGCCCUACAGCUGCUGGGUGAUAGUGUGUGAUGGCACAGAGUGUGAGAAGGACCACGAACGCAGCUACGUCUCAUACAUCUAUUUCACAG